AUGGAGUGGAGUGAAGAGGCAAAUUUUAGCAGACUCAAAAAAAUGGACUCCUAUGAAGCUGCUAAGGUUGUACAUGAAAGAAUCAUGAGAUUAGAACCAGAACAAGUCGCCAGGAAAAUAGUUGGAUACAUUUACUUGAAUAAUGCUUCUGACCAAGAAAUGAUUAGACUAGCUUUAGGACCUGAUCAGUUAAUCCACAAUUUGGUACAGAAAGCUAAAGCCGCACUUAUGUUAGGCUCAUCUCCGAUUCCAGUUCCUUCCCCUCCGAUUUCGCCCAAUAUGAAUCACCCUAGUCCCGUUUCAGAUGCUUCUCUUCAGUAUAACCCUUUUUCUCCCGUGGCUUCUCGGCCCUUUUCUUCUCCAGUUGGAUUUAGGGUUUCAGCCCCUGCUCCAUUGCCAUAUUGGGAAUGCCAAGUAACUGACCAACAGCAGCCCUUGACUGAUGGGGAUUUUAUACCACUUGCUUACUCUGAUUCACCCCCUGAUGAGUAUAGAUUUUCAAACCAAUUCAUGGGUGUGGAAGAACAGUUAGAACGAGCUAACUUGAGAAAUUCGGAGUUUGCGGGUGAUUUUUAUUACCCUGAGAAUCUAUUCAACUCUGGGGGAAGUAGGAUUCCUCUUAGCCAACUCGAGUUCCCUAUCAAGACCUGUCACUAUUUCAACAAGGGUUUCUGCAAGCAUGGCAGCAACUGUAGGUACUUCCAUGGGCAGUCAUUUCCAGAGAGCUAUCCUCCUCGAGGUUUUGGCCUGAAUUCGAAUGAAAAUGCUUAUGAGGAUCAGAUGUUCUCACCCGGUUCUCUUGAGAAACUGGAACUUGAGAUCACCGAGCUGUUAAAAUCCAGGAGGGGAAGCCCGGUUUCUAUUGCGUCUUUGCCAAUGAUUUACUAUGAGAAGUAUGGGAGAACUCUUCAGGCAGAGGGAUACCUUACUGAAAGCCAGAGGCAUGGUAAAGCUGGUUACAGUUUGACAAAGCUACUUGCUAGAUUGAAAGGCAGCAUCCGGCUGAUUGACAGACCUCACGGACAGCAUUCGGUUAUACUAGCUGAAGAUGCACAUAAAUACAUGGAAUCCCGUGGUGAGAGAAAUGAUCCAGGUCCAAUUGUUAGUGGUUCAAGGCAGAUUUAUCUAACAUUCCCAGCCGAGAGCACUUUUACUGAGGAAGACGUCUGCAAUUACUUCAGCACCUAUGGUCCAGUUCAAGAUGUUAGAAUUCCUUGCCAGCAGAAGAGGAUGUUUGGUUUUGUAACUUUUGGGAGUGCUGACACUGUGAAGAUGAUUUUGUCGAAAGGGAAUCCACACUAUGUUUGUGGAGCUCGUGUUCUUGUGAAACCUUAUAGAGAGAAGUCAAAAUUGGUUGACAGGAAAUUCCAAGAUAAGCUUGAGCCUCAUCUUUGCUACCAUUUGGACCACCUGAACAUAGAGUCUGAGCUUCAAGCAAGGUGGCAUUCUUCAAGGAUGCUCAGAAAGCAACAGAUGCAAGAGCAGGAACAGGCCCUUGAAUUCGAGAUGAGACGUUUCUCGCAGCUACAGUUAGCAAGAAAACCUCUGGUCAGUCCGAAUAGUUUCGGUUAUUCCAUGGAUGAGCUAAAACUCUCUGAAGAUUGUAUGAAGUUUCCAUCAGCGGAACGGUACAACCAGCUGCUUGAUGUUUUGAAUGGAUCGACUAGUGAUGAUAACCUAAAGCAGCAUCCUGGUGUUGAUUGUACUGAUCAGGGCAGCAAUGAAGGUCUGAAUCUUCCUGACAGCCCAUUUGAAUCGGUGGCAAGCGUUGUUGCUUCUGUUAUAUAG